AUUUGUAAGCGAGAGGGUUUGAAAUUUGCGGUUGUGACGUGGAAAUAUUAAUAUUGUGACAGCCCCCCUCCCCCUUUCGUCAGCUGUUUGUUCAGGCUCGUCAAAGGCGGGAAAGCUGACAGGGACUGUUGUUCGCGAUCUGUCGUCAGAUUCCCGCUCAUUCCAACCAAUUGUUUCCUCAAGAAGUGAUGUUUAACCUUUUGAACAAAGGACUAGCAGCUGUGUACAGCGGCGGUCCACCUACUAAGGACGGUGAUCGUGCCGACAUGCCCCCCGUGAGUAGCCGGUCCACAGGAGACGCCAUGAAGCCAGCCACGGCAGCAGGGGAGCUGCCGAAAGUACAGGUUGCGGUUGACGUUGCACAGAAAAAGGAAGACCCGGAUGUAGGGUUGGUGGGGUUGCUGAGAGCGCAGGCGCAGGAGACAGGAGCAUCUGCGUCAGCGGAAACACAGGGAGAGAGACCCGCCGCAGUUGUGGAACCACACAGGCCGAACAUUCACUCCAGCUUACCCAAGAGAUUACCGGAGAGAAUUCUGUAUGGAGACCUGUGUAACGCGGCGCUGAUCGGGAACCACGAUGUGGUGGAGAAACUGCUGAAGGAGGGGGAGGACGUGAACGAGAGGGACAAGGACGGUGAAAUAGCCUUGCACAUUGCCGCACAAGAAGGACAUUCCUCCAUUGUGGACCUCCUCUUGGAGGCUGGGGCACAGGUGGAGGCUAAGAAUAAGGACGGGGACACCCCGCUUCACAACGCCUCACGAGAAGGGUACGUGGACAUAGUGGAGAAGCUGGUCAGCGCCGGGGCUGAUGUGGAGAGUAAGAACCAGAAAGGAGACACAUCCCUCCAUCUAGCCGCCGAGAGAGGGCACUUCGGCGUGGUACAGAAGCUGGUGGACAGAGGCACAGACUUCACCAUCAAAAACUUCAAUGGCAUCACAGUGCUUCACGCAGCCGCAGACGGCGGACAUACCAACAUCGUGGAUACUCUUAUCAACGCAGGGAUAGACGUCAACUACAAAGAUGUGAAUGGCGAGUCGUCAUUACACAAGGCCGCCAUGAACGGUCACGUGGGCUGUGUGGACAGACUGAUGAGAGCAGGGGCAGACAUGGCGGCCAAAAAUGACAAUGGCCACACCGUCAUACACUGCGCAGCGAUAGGUGGUCACGUGGGAAUCGUCGACAUGCUCAUCAAGAAUAAUUACGACAUAGAAGUCUUGGACGAGGACGGUGACCUGGCGCUCCACAAAGCUUCAUCAGAAGGGCAUGUGGAGGUGGUAGACCGACUGGUGAAGGCAGGGGCUGAUGUCAACGCCAAGAACAACUACGAGUACACACCGCUGUAUAACGCGGCGCUGUCCGGGAACUUCCACGUGGUGGAAUAUCUGAUCGCUCAUGGAUCUAACGUUAACGAGAAGGACGGGAACGGAAACACUGCCCUGCACGAGGCCGUGUCCAGACAACACGCGGCCGUGGCCAAGAAGCUGAUUGCCGUCGGAGCUGACAUCACGGAGAAAGACGUGUACGGAAGCAGCAUGCUUUUUAAUGCUGCUAUCUGGGGAAAUGUUGACGUGGUUGACAGUCUGAUCAAGACGGGUGCUGACGUCAAUACGAAGAAUAAGGGAGACAGCACUGCACUUCAUGAGGCAGCCGCUAGGGGUUACGUGCCCGUUGUGGAUCGUCUUCUCGGGGCAGGAGCCGAUGUUAACGCAAAAGACAAGUACAACCACAGUGUCCUUCAUAAGGCCUCGUUCGGCGGCCAUGCAGAUCUCGUCAGCACACUGAUCAGGACAGGAGCCAAUCCAAACGCACAAAACAACGAUGGAGAUACGCCUCUUCACAUUGGCUCCUGUAUGGGUCACGUGGGUGUGGUGAGGAGCCUCAUCCAGGGUGGAGCUGAUCCCAACGUGGUCAACGAGUACGGCGGAAUUCCAGCAGACGACGCAGAGGACGAAGAAAUCCGCGCCCUUCUCAUGUCCAUGAUGUCAGAACCAGAGACAGAGUAGGGUUAAAGGUCAACCACGAGAACGCCAUCUUGAAAAUCCGUGAAUAUUCUCAUAGACAUACAAAUACUAAGGUUAUCACAAGUUGAUUUAGCAUCUUAAGCUUACGUAUCCGGUGGGACAGUCGCGGUGCUGUAUGGAAACUAUUGUAACAUUUUAAAUACGAACUGAUAAAGGCAGAGUGUUGUAUGUUGUCACAAUACCUCAUUAUCGUAUAUAAACCACCACUCAAAAUACCAUGGGCAAUGAGGGGAAAAUGGUCAUGACAUUGUUAAUAGUAACAUUUUGUACCUUUUGUUGGAGACAUAAUUACUUGUUACACAGUUUGUUGGUUAUAAAAUGAAUGAUUUCUUGUAGAGUUGGUCCACAUUAAACGUAAGCAUCAACAUGUAUUCAUUGAGCAGCACAAUUUUCUUGAAGGCUCUACUUUGUGAAAUAUAACUUAGCUAGCACGAUAUACAGGGAUCUAUAAUGGACUUUGGAAACGGUUCACAAUUAUGCAACGUAUACUACAAUAAAACUACUAUAAUUACUAUUAUCUAUUACUUCAAAUCUUUUCAAGACGGUUGGUGCUAGAAUCAUGAUUGCCAUUUAUUAUAAUAAUUGUUUAUUGAAUUACAUCUUCGUCAUAUUGUUAACAAUAGUAUCAUAUCGUUCGAACAACUUGUUUUGAACCAUUGUAGCAAUGUUACAUUUAAUUUGGCUGUUGACAUGGACAGCGUUUACUAGGGGGCGCAACGGUACUUAACUAGAUUGCAUAACGGAGGCCCUUCUGACUACAGUAUUAUUUACAGUUACGUGGAAGACCAGUGACUUUCUAUUGCAUAGAUCAACUGAAGCUGCUUUUAUGGAUGCAGUUUUCUGUACUUGAUGAAAUAAAACAGAUGAUUACAAA